AUGACAUCCCCGCGCUUUUCCAAUACCAUCCUCGUUCCAGGAACGAGUGGCCAGAGUCCCUCGAUACAGACGUUUGGGGCGUUGGAUCAGCCAAGGAAGAAACGACCCCAUCGGAAGAGUCGGAAGGGAUGCGAUGCUUGUAAGCGGCGGAAAGUCAAGUGUGAUGAGAGAGUGCCCUGUACGAAUUGCCUGCAGCGCAAUGAGCAGUGUUUCCAGCCACAUCAUAUCUCUGUUGCUAUUCCCAUCGUGGCCAAGGCAAUUGACCCGGUUCCGUGGAUCAACCUCAUGCAUCUCGAGUUGUUCCAUCACUGGGAUAGAGAAACCCGAUCGACCCUUGCAUUUCCCCAGAUCUGGCCCGUCGUCAUGCAGCAAGCCUUCCAUGAAGAUUUCGUCAUGUCGGCCAUCCUCUGCACUUCAGCAAUGCACUUCUCUUCCCUCUGCCCCCACGAACCCAAAUACAGGGAUGCUUCAGGGCAUUUAAUGGCCAAAACCGUGCAAUUGUUUCGCAAAAACUUAUCCCGCCCCUUUAACAAGCAGAACUGCGAAGCACUCAUGGGAACAGCCCUCCUCGUCAACUACAUAUCAUGGUUCGACCUCGACUUCCUCCACGGCCAGACCAAACUAGACCUUUCGAAAGAUCAAUUAUUCUUCCUGACCCCUGGAAUCAUUGAGCUCUGGUUUCGGUCGAUGCCCAUCUUCAUUGAUCAGGGGAGCAUCUUCGCUGACGUCGCGAGGCAUUCUCCGAGAUUUCAUAUCGAACAGGCUCUUGUUUCCUGGGGUUAUGAUCCGGAGCGUUUUGUUGGUUUGCUUAUGGACAUCUGGGAUGAUCCUCGGUAUCAGGGGGAGAGUGGCCCUCUGAAGAGUGACGAGCCGACGUCGUGCGCUUGGCGACUUCUUCUGGGCAUGGAGAAUCAGAUACCGCAUGCUUCCCCCAAGUCUCCUCCAGCAGAAGAAUCGUGUGAGGAGGAUACACACAACCAGUCACUCACUCAUCUCAAAGAGGUCAUCACCGAUGUCACUGACAAGUUUACCUCCCCUACUCACCCCGCUGCCUCGAUGGUUCUAUCAUCCCAAUCAGACCGCUCAGUCUUCGAAACCCUCUUGCACCGAAUAUCUCCUCUUCUGUGCUGCGCAUUGCUCGCGGCAGGCCCCAUACGCUGUGACAUGACUUCUAUCAGCGCCGACAUUGAGGAGCUGUUCUUUGGGGUUCCGGUUCUUUGUUCUGGACCGAUUGCAUGCUGGAUCAGUGAUGGAGACUCGAGAAUUCUCGUGUUACUGUGUCACUUUUACCGUGCCGCGCAGAUUCUACUGUCAAAAGAAAGAAAUUGGUGGGGGUAUACGAGGAGUUGCGUUAUGGAGCGCUUGAUACUGGACGAGCUCAAGUCUCGUGGUCUUCAUGUUGACUUGUUAAUAUGA